AUGCCGCUUCGGCGUGCUCCGCAUCAAUCUGGUGUCCAUCGAGUCGCUGCCAUUGCGCUAUACCGCGCUCUCCUCACACAAUGCACUUCCGUUCCGCUCCCCUCGCCAUGUCUUGACGGAAUUCGCAACAUCGUUCGCAAUCGUUUCCGCGCUACACGAUACGUGACAAGUCAUAGGCAUCUUCACAUAUAUUUCGACGCCGGCUAUGAAGCUCUCGACCACCUGGACGCCGCUGCGGCUGGUGUCUCCGAGAGCGCCGUGUAUCUUGAUGAUCUGGUGGAGAGGGCACCCUUUUGGAUGAAAAGGUCACCUAGCCUCGCGCAGCAGAAAGAGCAUGGGACGAGGAAGCUUCCUCCUCUAACACCUAUUGAUCUCAAAGCACUGAAACAAUGGACGCCUAAUUAUUUGAAUCGACCGCUCGGCGUGAACGUUCGUCGGGUUCCCAGGCUAAUAUCUGCCAACAUGAUUCCGAUACUGCGUGUCGAUAAGCCGCAGCCACCCGCAUUGUCCGGUUACAUCGCGAACCGCAUCACGCGACGGCAUGUACGAACUGAAAGGUGGCAUCGCAUGGAGCAGGAACUGCGCGUGGCUCAGCUGGAAGAUAGAUGGGACUCGCUGAUGGCCAACUUACCGCGAUCCGGGAUUCAAUCGGAUAGAGCCAAUCGGGCUGAGCCGGCCUGGAGCUCGGCCAUUGUUAAAGCCAUUUCUCGAGAGAUCGAGGCGAACCAACGAGAGCGCGCCAAGAACGCACUUAUCGCGAGCAAGAUGCAACUAGUUGUCGAAGCUGAA